AUGUACAUCAAAAAAGUGGCGAAAAUAUUGAAAGAACAGUACGACAACGAUAUACCAGUGACAGUGGAAGAACUUUGCGCCCUGCCAGGUGUCGGCGAAAAAAUGGCCUAUCUUGCAAUGCAUAAUGCAUGGGAUCAGUUGGAGGGGCUUGGCGUUGACACUCACGUGCAUCGUAUCACCAACAGACUUGGCUGGGUUGGUACUUUGUUCAGAUUUUGCAUUUUUUUUAUGCCAUAG